AUGAGUAAGUCAAAUUUUUCUGCACUCAGGAACCAAGAAAACCAGAGUGAUGAAGUCACCUUCAUCCUCUUGGGCUUCUCAGAGUAUCCGGACCUUCAGGUACCUCUGUUCCUGUUGUUCUUAACUAUCUACAUAGUCACUGUGCUGGGGAACCUGGGCAUGAUCGUAACCAUCAAGAUCAACCCCAAACUCCACACUCCCAUGUACUUUUUUCUCAGCCACUUAUCCUUUGUUGAUUUCUGCUACUCUACGGUGAUUACCCCCAAACUAUUGGAAAACUUGGUUAUAGAAGACAGGACCAUCUCCUUCACAGGAUGCAUCAUGCAGUUCUUCUUGGCCUGUGUAUUUGUGGUGACAGAGACAUUCAUGUUGGCAGUGAUGGCCUAUGACCGAUUUGUGGCGGUGUGUAACCCUCUUCUCUAUACAGUAGUCAUGUCUCAGAAGCUUUGUUCCCUGUUGGUGGGUGCAUCAUACUCUUGGGGUAUAGCGUGUUCCCUGACUCUUACCUACUUUCUAUUGGAAUUAUCCUUCAGAGGAAAUAAUAUCAUAAAUAACUUUGUCUGUGAGCACGCUGCUAUUGUCUCAGUGUCUUGUUCUGACCCUUACAUUAGCCAGAAGAUCCUAUUAGUCUCUGCCACUUUCAAUGAAAUAAGCAGCCUGGUAAUCAUUCUUACUUCCUAUGUUUUCAUUUUUACCACUGUCAUGAGGAUGCCUUCAACUGGGGGGCGCCAGAAAGCUUUCUCCACAUGUGCCUCCCACUUGACUGCCAUCACUAUUUUCCAUGGGACCAUUCUUUUUCUCUACUGUGUUCCUAACUCCACAAGCUCCUGGCUCAUGGUCAAGGUGGCCUCUGUCUUUUACACAGUGGUCAUCCCCAUGCUGAACCCACUGAUCUACAGCCUCAGGAACAAAGAUGUGAAGGAGGCAGUCAAGAAAUUAAUCAGUACCAAAUUGUCAUGCUAA